AUGUCCACUAGCUGUCAGCAUUACAUAAGACGUUGUUCCUUACUGGUAAGUUUCUCUGAUUCUUAUUUUAUGUCGCAUAUACUCGAAAAAAACGUGAACAGAUUUACUGCACUACAGUAAACAAUAAUUCACUUUGCUGAAGAAGCGGUGGAUUAGUUUAGCUCUAAUACCACACAAGAUACUGGCGUCAUCUUGGAGGAUUAAGUCAUUUUGUAACUCAAUUAUUUUUACUUGUUUGCCUUACUUCGAUUUGAUAAGGUAUACAGUGCAUAAAAAGCUUAGUUGAAACAUGGAAGCAGUGCAAAAACUGGCGCAACCUCACCUGGUCUUUUAGGUUUUUUCUUGGUUCUCGUGUGUGUGUGAGAGAAAGCGAGGCGCGAAUUCAAGAAACAAAAACCUACAAAGUACGUGUAUUUAACUCUAGAUCUCACGUGAAAUUCUCCAUGUACAUUGCUCCUUGGUUUCAGACCAAGUUCUUUAAAGGGCUAAUUAGUAUUUGGAAGGGAUCUCUACUGGUUGUUUCAGGUCACAAGCAAAAUAAAAUAUUCACAACCGAUCUGUUUGGGCUUUAUGGUACAUGUACCUUGCCUUUGGCUCACCAUGGUAACUGCCCACACAGAUCAGCUUCACAUGGUGUUUUGAGUACUUUAAAGUGUGGUUGUUUCAAGCUGUAUCUGAUUGUCUUCUUUUAUUUUGUGUGAUCACUUGACUCUUGAUCAAAAUGGAAAUAGUUAAACCCCAGCUUUUAUUUAACCACUCGACUGAUCUAACUUAAAGAAAUUUCUUAGAGUACAAUUCUUAAUUUCAGGUGAGCACAUUAUUACUCUGCUACACUGGGUGUAUGGUUAAUAAACAAACAACAGUUCAAAGUUCAUCCUACUAUAGCAUUUAGCUUGCAUUGUGUAAUUGGUCUUCAAAGUACUGUGUUUGAAUGCAUCCUUUAUUGUUUUGUAGGUCGCCUUAGAAAUUUUUGUUUAUUAAGCAAGGGUAUCUUUUUUGAUUUGUGUCCAUAGGCACCAUGCUGUGUUAAAUACUACAGCUGCAGAUUGUGUCAUAAUGACAAAGAAGAUCAUGAGUUAGACAGAAAGACUGUUCAGGAAAUUAAGUGCCUCCAAUGUGGCAGUUGUCAAACAGUAAGUUGUAGCCUUUGAAAUAAUGUAACUGCAGGGUUUGCAAAUGUUAUUGAUUGGUGAGGUCAGUGUGACUUGGAGUCACGUAACACAAGGGAGAGAAGAACUGUUUAAAAACGGUUCUUUACUCAGUCUUUUUUACGAGGAUGCCAUUCCAGCACAUAGUUCUGGCAUGUAUACAGUGUACACUAUUAUGAUGGCAACAUGAAGUAGCUAGACAGCCUCAUGUGAAAGUCCGUUGUCCUGGAAAAGCUAGAAUCCAUCAUGAUGAUCGUCGUUUGAGUAGUCUGUAUUGUGAUUUAGCCUGUAGGUGUACAUGUUGUAGUUCAAUUUUAUCCUUGGUUUAAUUUUUAUUUUCCUUUGUUCUAAACUCAUUAUCGUACAUUACCAUACCCCAAAACAAAAGAAAAUAAAAAUUAAACCAUGGAUAAAAUUGAACCACAACAUAUACAUACAUGAAUAAUCCUUAAAUUGGUCUGUUUAAAUCACGGUUGUGACAUUUGCAGUUAAUGUAGAUGUAUUUGUUUUGAAAAAGGUAAGGAAAAAACUAUUUUGCAACCAAAAAUUUCUGGAGUCAAAGUGAUUCCCUCUGUAACCUCAGUGGAGUCAUCUUGAAAAUUUUGGAAUAAAGUACGCCAAAUUUGGCAUAUUUGUGAACCCUGUGACUGAAUAUAUGACUGCCUGAUCUUGUAAAAAAUGCUGAUGAUCUCAUUUUAGUGUGCUUUAUUAGGGACAGAUCAUACAGAAAUAUCAAGCAAGACUGUAGUAUUUCCCGGUAAAGGGCAGGCAUGCAAUUACGCUAAUCAAAAAUAGCACUACAUUUGAAAUUCAAAAUUGGUGAAAAUUUUGUUGUUUGAAAAUGUAAAUGUUUCAGCUCAAAAUUAAAUUCAGGUGAAAAUUUUUUAACCUAGGUUGAUUCUCCAUUUCCCUUGUCUCCUAGCCAUGAUUAUUCAGGAAUAAGGGCUAGGAGACAAAGAAGUGAGAAUUAAACUAGUUUAAAAAUUUUACCUGAAUUUAUAAAUUUUGACCUGUUACAUAAACAUGCCUUACACUAGUCAGUUUUGUUUUCAACCCAAAGAUUACAAUAGGUAAAGGUUUAGCCAUAGAGAGAACAGGAACAAUAAUAACUGAUAUUAUAUUGAUGACCUCAUUGUUUUGUCUUGAAAUGUAACUAACCGGAUAAUGCUGUUGUUGACUUGUAUUUUGUAUUUCUCGUACAUUUACUAAUUCAAGUGCUUAACUUCCUUUAUGAAUGCAGGUAGCAUCUCAUUGCAAAGAAUGUGGUAUAAAGUUUGGUAGAUAUUUCUGUAUGAUCUGUCGAUUGUAUGAUGAUCAAGAAAAGGGACAGUUUCAUUGCAAUGGUUGUGGAAUUUGCAGGUGUUGUGAUUAUGUGCACUGUUAUUCAGCAGUAUUUGUUGAAUCCACUUUUAUCAUAAGCUACACAUUCAGUGAUAAAAAGGUUACAAUAUUAUUUAGGUAAGCAUUACUGAUUCAGUGCGCAUACACGCAAUUUAGUUUUAACACAAAUCCUAGCCUGUUGUUGAAAACCUAAAAGAAAAACCAGUAUUAUGCUGCAUAUAUAUAUAAAAAAGGAAAACAAAAAACAGAAAAAGUUGUAAAUACAUUGAAAAGUCCCAUAGCUACAGUGUAGAGUUAACUGAUACAAUAUAGCUGUAUGGCAGUUAGCUUGGAAGAUUAGUUACAUUAUAUUAUGACCUUAACAGCUAUACACUGUACGUACUAUAUUUUGCCUAAAAAGUUCCUACAAUUUUUAGUGUUUGGAUCUCCUUGGUUGUUGUUAUUGAAAGUGAGUCAGCAACAAAUCUGCCAGAUUUCUUUUUGCAUUCAACAUUUUUGUCUUCACUGACGUGUGGCCAAACUACUUUAUUCUACUAUAUUUUACAUCAGAGUUGGUGGAGAGGAGAACUUCUUUCACUGCAGUAGAUGUGACAUGUGCUUAGGAAUUCAGCUGAAAAACUCACACAAGGUAAGAAACAAUACCGGUAACUCAAGGUGUCUGCUGAAAUGGAUUUGUGCAAUUAAGCUCAGUUGGACAGAAAUCACAUCAAGUCAAGUCACUCGUACAUUAGUUUUUGUAUGAUUUUAUUGCAAUAUCCAAUCACUGAUGUCAUGCAAGACACCAGCAUGGCAGUUUAGCUGUUUAAUAGGCAUGAGACUGCAUGUAGUACAGAAUAAAAAAAAAAGUGAAAAUAGGUCACUGCUAUCCGAAGAUGAAACAGCAGCAUUUUUUACCAUAAUUUCCCAAUAUUAUUUUUCAUACCCUAUUUAUGGUUGGUGUGAUAUCUUAACAAUUUUACCGACCCAAUACAUGUAAAUGUAAUAUGUAAAUAUUAGAAGGUCUGAACUGCAGAAAACAUUGUACAAUAAAAUGAUUUUUGUUAGAUCACCUGGAGAAAUAAGUUUUUGCACAAUCUAAAGGCAACAUUUUAGAUUAGAAAUGACUUGGUUGUACUUAGCCUGUAAAAGACAAUGAUACAGUAUAGAUAUACUGUAUAUAGGCUACCAUAGUACAUCACUACAUGUAGGUACAUGUACUUAUGAGAAAACUGAGCUUUGAAAGUUCUCUUAGGGAUGCUGUAUUGUUUCCAUGGUAACUGUUAUUACAUGUUUAUUUACAUCUUAAUAAGUUUUCUGCUAUGAUUGGUGUAUAUUACAUGUAAUUAAAUUUUGUCCCUAGUCACCUUAGGGAGCACGUCCAAAUAUCGGUAGGGAACCCGAUCAUGGGAAAUGGACCUGAUUAAUUUUCUGAUUGUUUGGAAUCGGUACCGGUCUGUAGGCACCAGUUGCCGUUUCUGAUUACAAUAAAAACUUUGCUGAUUCAAUCGGAGCCAGUUGACAUUCCGAUGUUCAUAUGUGUCAUCAUCAUAUUAUUUUAUCUGAUAUAUAAAAUGAAGUGUGUCACGAAACCAAAUGAUGAAAGAGUUGUUUCUCUCCAAAGUAAUUUCUAUCAACUGUACCUUUUUCCUACUCCAUAACAAAUAACAAUAUUUUAUGUUCCUGUAUGUUGUGUUUCGAGUUUUGAUUUGAUGUGUGCCUACACGUGAUUUUCGACGUUUUGCAGAGGUAUUUCCUUCAGUCGAACGCAAACACCACGCUGCUCCAUAACAUUUAUUCUAUGAAAAUUAAAAGGAGUUAAAUAUUACGACUCAAAACACCACUGUUCUUCGUUGAUACAUAGCAAACAAAGCACCAUACUGAGUAGUGUGUUCUUUACUCGAUACUUUCUAACAAUGCAAUACAAAAACAUGACCAGAACUCACUUUCUCGAAACUCAACUGGAUGCAUAGACUUGUUACAAGAAGACCUCAACGGGUUUCCUAGCAAGCGGAGCGAGAGCAAAACCAUGGAUAAUAUAAAACCCCGGGAUGAACUUUUACGAAAAUUUGCGUCUUUCAUUCAACAAUCCUAAACACAAGGUGCAAUGCGAUCUGAGGAUUGUCUCCAGGGAAUUAGCAAAAAGAACUGAUAUUCCCACACUCGUGAGUCACGGAAGACAUGGAGCGAAGUUUCAUACAGGAGUUAACAAAGAGAGAAUGGCUUAAUGGCUUAGCCACGUGAAAUUGCUUUCCACUCUCAGCACUUAGGAAAUUUUGCGCUUGACUCAAGGUGGCUGACUUUUUGCCAAAAAUCAGAACCUUUUUUACCGGAGUGUUCAACUAAAGCAAACUGUGCAUAGAUCCAGUAAGUUUGACUCAAUUUAAUAGCAGAGAGAGAAUCGAGAAAGAGAAAACCAGUUGAAUGCCUCCUUCAGUCACUUUUUUGAGUUCAUAUGCAACCAAUAAACAACUUGCAGCCUGAUUCUCAGACGAUGUCCUCUUCUCUCCUGUGGCAAUUUAAGCAGUUAAAGUACACAACGUGGUAACAACAUUUGCAUUUUGGUGGUGGAUGUUCUGACUUCUUUCUAUUUUUUUCGCUUAAAGUCCUAAACUGAUUAUUCCUCCAAAGAUUUUUAUAAUCAUGCGUUUUGGGUUCUGGUUAGCACAGGCCCAAGCUAUUUUAAAAUUAUCAUUUUGAGAUCGUACACUUGCAAUGUACAUUGCGCCGAAUGACCUGCUGUUUCUUCUCGUGCCCAUUUUGAUACACAAAUUUAAUCUUUUCUGGUCAUACUCUGUCAUAGCAAAUACAAACAAAUGUUCGAAACUGUGACGUUAAAUUUCGGUUCAAACAGGACACAUUUACUGUAUGAGAAAGAUAAGGUUAAUAAUAAGAAGAAACACUUUAUCUGCUGGUCUACAACAUUUAAAUUGGAAAUUUAAUGUGCUUGUGCAUCAAAAAACAGUCAUUCACUCUUUUGCUUUUGCUUUUGCUUUUGCUUUUGUGACAGGUUAUUUGAGCUGCCACAUAUUUUUGAUGACCUUUUGAUGACCGUUGCGAAUUCUGUUUCAUUCGGUACCGAAAAUCGGCAUCAAUUGAUCGGCAUCGGUGUGACCCGAUGCCAAUAUUUGGACACGUUCCCUUAGAGACUCUAGUAGCACAGUAGUAGGACAUCUGAUAGAUCUAGAACUUGGAGAGGGUUAUGAGUUCAAAUCUCAUCUGGAGCUAGGAAUUUUUUGAAGAUUUCUGAUGCUUUAUUUCUCCUUUCUUUCUUUCUUUUUUUCUUUCUUGCUUUCUUUCAUAUUGUCUCAAUGACUGUUUAAAUAUUUUGUUUUCAGUGCGUUGAAAAGAGUUCACGCUCAAAUUGUCCAAUAUGCUAUGAGGUGAGAGCAAUUAUUAUUUCUUGAUCAGAUAUUUUGUUUAGGACACAUGCACUUCAGAGUUUAAAAAAAUGAUUAUCAUGGCAUCACCUGUAUGGAGCCCUCCCAAACAAAAGCGGCUGUUUCCUUGUGCUAUUAGUCUUAACUCUUUGUUUUUGCCACCUGUGUGUGUGUGCUGACUAAAAUUUCCAUUUUUUUCUCUUGCACCUUUUGCAGAACAGCUACAAAUAAUUAUUAUGUAAAAUGUCUAUCAGUACAUUUGUUUAAAUCUGUUUUUCUUAUACCCCGAUAUAUGUAACGCCAGAUAGCUAAUGAGAAGGGAACUUCCUAUAAACCAGCUGGUAAAUGUGAUUUUUAGGAUAAUUGUGAUUUAGUUUUUAUCAUUAUUGAACCCCAGCGUGUGACUUCAGCCACAUAAUCACAAGUUGUUUUUCUUUAAAAAUGAAACAUUUUAAGUUUAUUAUUUAUUUUACUGCGCAACUAUGAGAAUUGAUUUCUAAUACAUGAUUAUAUUGAUUUCACUCUUGGCAACCAAAUUAAAAUUCACGUGGUUACAUUUCCUUCACCUUUUAUGUAUAUACUAGAUUGUUUCUAUUUUUAAUUUAUGUAGUCCUUGCAUUUGCCUAGCAUAUCUAAUCUAACAAAACUGAACAAAAUUGAUUUCGAUUGAUUUUGGCAAUGAGAUAAAAUUGGACAUGGAAUUGUUUGUGAGUUUGAUUAUCAAACAGAUUGAAUAUAAUCGAACUGAACCAUUUGAUUUUGUUUUCUUACCGAACAAAUUGUUGAUUGAACCCAAAUCGUAGCCUCAAUCUCGUCUAAGAAAGACUGAUGUGUAUGGUGAAUACAUAGCCAUUUUAGCAGAAUGGCAAAUUGCUCUUUUUAGCAACAAACGAAUAUCAAACAACAACUGCAACCUUUCCAGCUAGUUUCAUGUUGAUAUCAUGUGUUACAUAAAACACACUGACACACAUGUAUUCAUUUUUCGGUGCAUUUUGUUACAUUUCCAAACAAAAAGGUUGUACCAGGUUAUGAACAAGAAAGCAGUUCAACUAAAUAACAAUUAUAUCUUUUCUCAUGCUGUGUAAUUUUCCUUGGUACUUCUCACUCAGGGUCCAGAAUUGCUCUAUACCAAUGUCUACAUGGCUGUAGCUGCUAAUUUCUGGGUGGGGGUCAGUUUAAAGAAUCACAAAUAUGAGGACAAUCAUGUGUAUUAAAGAGGAAUAAUAAUAAGUGAUGAAAAGUAUAAGCACUAUAUAAAUAUUUUUAUUACUUACUUACUUACUUAUAUCUCAGUGCAAAACCAGUUAUUAUCAACUGCCCAAAAACUGUUCAAUCAAAACUUUGGAAAUGUUGGAUGGUUCAAUUGGCAAAAUUUUUUUGUGAGUUCGAUGUUGUGUGAUCAUUUGUUUGGCCAUCAAACUUAAUCAUUUGAUUAAUUUUGAUUGAUUUUGAUUACCAAAUAUUUGACAUAUAGGUACAAUGUACGUUGGGCAUUUGACAUUUGACAUGAAAAGAAACAAAUGGAAAAAAAAAUAGUUAAAUGAAUAAAUAACCCUCUGUUCUGCUGCUAUGAUGUUUUAAUAAAUGAAUAAAUAACCCUCUAUUCUGCUGGUAUGAUGUUUUCACUACUUUAAGUUAUGUAGCUACAGUUAUUUUUGCUAUUUCUUCUUUUAAAAUAGGAUAUUCAUACGUCUAGAAUACCAUCGCAUGUUCCUUCUUGUGGACAUCUAUUACAUAGGUAAGUAACUUACAUGAUCAGAUUAGUGUAGCUAAUGCUUGGACAUACAGGAAGAAUUUUGAUGUUGACCAAUGUGGAUUUAGUCUGCUCUAUGGCCAUUCUUUGUGUCAUCACAUAUCGCUCCUCCCCACAAAUAGCUGCAAUGACGUUACUGAGGGAGUAAUAAUGACUUGAAGUAAUCGGAUGAAAUUCAGGCUAUCGGUAUUAAAACAAGCGAUCAAUCUAGUGUUGUCUCUGUAGUCCUAUUCAAACUAAAUUAUAACAUUGUUAAGCAGCAGCAGCAAGCAAGUUGAGCAAAUGUAGCAAAAAGCAAUGAUCAAUGUGUUAAUGUGAAGUUGCCAGGUGCCAGUUUGGAAAUUGCUUACCAAUAAGUUAUUAGCGUGUUUUUGUGUGAACUAAACCCUUGAGAGUUUAUAAGUACUUCAUGAAAGAACACUAACAGCACAUCCAGCACAGGAAAUACAUCAAAAUUUAAUAUGCACAGUGGAAGUAAAAGUCGUGCAGGCCCCUAUCAAACCCUUUUUUAUCUUUAGGAGCUUUGGUAACCUCCUUUAAGAAACAUUUCUGAAGAUGAACCUUUUUUCUGCUAUUGGACAUAUUUGUUGAAAACUGAGAAGCCUGUUCGUUUCCAAGCACAAGCAGAAAGAGAAAGGAAUGUGGUUUUGUUUGUGGUGAAGAGCAUUGUGUGAUGACACAAUUUUUCUCAAACUUGUUUCUGAUGUAGAGUGCCAUUAUUUAACUAGUAGAUGUUUCACUUACAAGUUGUUUUUUGCAGAAAUGCAUUCCAUUAUUUCUCCUUGAUUUGGUGGAGGGGGUAUCAUCUUGUACCAAAUUUUAAAGUUUAUAAUCUAAAUGUAGUUCAUUUUAUAUUGUACAGUUAUCUUGCAAUCUAGUCUUUGAAUUCUUAUGAAUUUUUAUAUAUUCUUAAAAUUUCUUCAUUUACAGUACCUGUUUUUCAAAGUUACUGGAGUCGGGGUAUGUCAGUAUUAGCCAGUUUAUUUAUAUAAAAUGGCCUUAUUUGAACUGUUUGUCAUGAGAUGUUAUUAUCCACAAUCAGAGUUAUUAUUUCUUAUUGCGCUGCACGUGAGUAAAGGGCAACGCCCAAUUAAGUUUUGAGCAGCAUGUUUGUCGAAAAAAGACAAAACGGUGGAGACAUAACCUCAUUUGUUCUAACUAAACUUUAUGGUCAUUUGUAUUCGGCAUAACCUUGAUGUAAAUUCAGUGCCCACAAAAGAAAUAAAGUAAAUAAAUUUGACUAUAAAUACAAACUUAAGGUUCAUCUUACGGACCUUAGCAGAUAAAGAGAAACAAUUAGAGGGCAAGCCGGUGAUUUGGUAGAUUUUUAUCUCUUGCCAUGCUCAGUAAAAACCAGUGUUAACUGGGCACAUUUAAUGGGGCAUUCAUCUUCUUGGUAGUCCACCACUUGCCACUAUGUCAGAAGCCAAAGCAAUGGGAGGCACAUACAAUGUAGCUUUUAUAAAUAGUAAUUGUUUUAAUUGUUUUGCUUCAUGUUUUUGUAAAGCCAAUUUUUUCCCCUCUUGACCUUGUCAGCCAUUUCUUUGUUUUAGGGGGUAUGCUUGUCCAAUAUGUAACAGAUCUAUGGUUGAUAUGAGUCGUGCAUGGCGGAUGUUGGAUAAUGAGAUAGCACGUACACCAAUGCCCGCAGAAUAUAAUAAUUUCAAUGUUUUGGUAAGUUAAUGAUUUUCUGUUAUAAACCAGUUGUUUCCUUGAGCUGUUUAUAAUAGUGGCCAACUUUUUGUGGGAAUUUCCUCCGUAUUGUGAGGAGUUGUUAGAAUUCUUAGCAUUGCAAAUUGCUGACCCAUUCACCCCUAAAGGUGGCCAUAGAAAAAAAGCACGGACAAUUUUUUUAUAUUCUUUCAUUUUGUAAAAUCUUAGCGAAUAAAUGGUCUGUUGCAGGCGUUCAGAUAAUAGAGUGUAGCUUGAACUCAGGAAGCAGGGGAAUAAAUGGAAAAGGGGGAGAGGGGAGUGAUCCCCACCCCCUCCCCUCACUGCUAUUGGAUUUUGUCUUUAGAUUUAUAAGUUAGUGGCAAAUCAUUUCGCCAUAACUUAAUCUAGGAGUGUAAGGAAAAAGUAAGGGAAAUUUUGCUUAGUCAACAAUGGUCUGAACAUUAUUGUUUUCAUUGCAGAUUCUCUGUCGUGAUUGUCACAAGGUAGGCUGUACUGAUGUAAUUUCUUAAAGUUUUUAAUUCUCUUAGAGGACACUAUGUUAUUUCGUCCAAUAAGCCCCCAAGCUGCGGUAAUCACCGACCUCUUUGGCCAAACUAGUAAAUAUAAGCUUUUCUUGUGAUCAGAACCCCUUCCAGGCCUCCUCUGGCUUUUUUUUGUGUAGGGAAAUAUAGGAAACACCUGCAUUAAGAACAUUACGCGGAAAGUUGGCUAAUAAAACACCAUAAAUGUAUAUAUAACAACCAAUUCUGUCUGAUAAAUAAAACAUAUUCUUAUAUAAAAAGGAAGAGGGUGAAAGUAUAAGAAACCAUUACAGUAACUCGUAUCGUUAAAGUACAAAGGUGUGCUGGACCAUUCAAACUCUAAGAGCCAUAUAGUACGUAACAGUACGUAAUAGUAAGUACCCGUAAGUAAUUAAACAUUGGAUGUUUUUUUAACAUCCUCGUUGAUCUGCGUAAUUCUUCACAUCCUAGUAUAUGCGGGUGUUUGUACUGUAUAUCACAAAGAAAGCCUUUUUUCUCAAAUUUUAUUCUUGAACUUCUUUAGCACCAUUACAGGAGAACUGUUACUUCUCCAUUAAGUACAGAUUUUCUUCAUAUCAAGAUUAUUUUAAUCAAAAUAAAGUUUCAGUUUGNUAAUUCUUCACAUCCUAGUAUAUGCGGGUGUUUGUACUGUAUAUCACAAAGAAAGCCUUUUUUCUCAAAUUUUAUUCUUGAACUUCUUUAGCACCAUUACAGGAGAACUGUUACUUCUCCAUUAAGUACAGAUUUUCUUCAUAUCAAGAUUAUUUUAAUCAAAAUAAAGUUUCAGUUUGUUGGGAGAAGAACUUAAUAAAUUAACCACCCUCCUUCGAGUAGACUUUCCUUUUUUGGUGCAGCUAGUUUAGGAAAAACAGUUCUAACUUAAGUAUUGUGUUUUGUAUCAACCUUCUAACAAAUACGCUUUCUUAGAGAAGUGAGGAAAAACGUAUCGAACCUGCAUAAUAGGUUGAUUUAGCUAUGACUCUGACGUUGAAAAAUUGUCUUUUGUCUAUCUGUCUAUUUUUGUUAUAUUGUGCUGAAAUGAGGACCCAUUUCUCGGAAAACCAACUUAUUUUUUUCUGCAUACUUCUCUUUCUUGUCAGAGUACAGCGAUUUUCUUCUUUUUCAGGAAAGCAAGGUCAAAUUUCAUGUCGUUGGUCUAAAAUGCGCAGAGUGUGGUUCAUAUAACACCAGCAGAGAAGGAGAGGAGGGUGUUCCUGUGAUGCCACCACCGAUACCAGUAGCGGCUGUCGCAACAGAGGCUGCAGAGGGCGAGGAUGAAUGGGAAACAGAGGAAGAGGAAGAAAUAGUAGGAGGAGAUGCAGAGCAAGAAAAUGAGGAACAAGGACAGGAUGAUGGAGUAAACUUAGCUGAAGUACAGUUAGAUAUGGAUGGAGACAGUAAUAAUGUUCUUCCUUUGGACUAA